GAUGAAACCUACACCCAAGGAUAUUGAGAUAAAAGUGACAUAGCAGAAAGAAUGACGAAAAUGGAAAAGAUUCUCAUGUAAGUGUACACGUCAGCUAGGACUAGGGAUAUUUUCUUCGUUUCCUUGAUACUCUCCCCACCCUGACCCUGCUGCUGAAGCAUCCUUCUCCGGUUAAUUUAGAGUGAAUGAUUCUUAUGCAUUAUAAUCAGGACACUGAAUAUCUGGAAUACCAGUUGGAAAGGAAAGCCUUCUGUUUUAUGUGAGAAGGAAACAUUAAUUAAGAGAUUUGUGAUCUUCUUUGAUAAAAUACGAGAAGGUAAAAAAACCUGAGUUCCUUUAGCUGAAGAUAUAUGGGGAACUGCAAAGAGUUACGUUUAACAUUAAAUGCUAUUAAUUGAUUCUAUGCUGGCAAUGUCUUUUCUUUGUUCCUGUGAGUGCUGCAAAUGAUAGUUGCGAGGAUGUGGAGGUUUUGCGUAGUUGCGUUAGCUUUGAUUCACCAUCAUUGCUUUCAGUAUGGAUGAAGAAUUUGCUACACUAACAUCAUUAGUGAACUCUUCAUCUUGUCUCUUGCCCCACGUUUUCUCUACUCUUUCUCUUCUUACUUCCAUUUAAGCAUUAGGAGGUUUUCAAUUUUCCAUGGAGCUGAUGGGUCCUGUUAACUACGCUGGCAAAAAGUAAAGACUAAAGAGCAUUUUGAGGACAUAGAGUGACUGGUUCAACUAUUUCAUUAAAGGUUUCGUACACGGAAGGUGAUGAAGAAGUACUAAAUCUUACACUGGAAAAAUGGGAGUUUGUCGGAGAUGACUCUAUGUCAGAUACGGAAGAAGCAGCUGAAUGCCAAAGUCCUGAUCCUUCCCAUGAAAUAGGUGGAGAUGCUUCCUCUAGCAAAUCAGAAGGAGCAGAUGCAAGAUCUGAUUGUAAAUCCAGAGUUCAUGCCAAAUUUUCGGAUAACAUGUUUGGUGAUAAAAUUAAGGAUGCUAGGGAUGGUAAAUUUGAGGAUCUUUCUAAAAAAGCUCGUCUUAAAUCUAAUGUUGAUGGCUCCACAGGAGAUGGGAAAUCAAAAGAUAAUGGUGGCACACCAAAGACCGGCUCGAAGCCAAAGUCGGGAAAUCCCGAGGAGAAUGGCCGUGAUAAUAAGCAAGAGGAUGAAGAGGAGAAUGAUGAGGGUGGGGAAGAGGCUGGUUUAGUGGAGGGCCAAGAGGGAUUCGGCAAUGUGAAUGUAGGGCCGACUGUCGAGCCCCUUGUUCCAAAUUUGGCGUCUUAUAGCUUGUGGGAGGAGACAGAGGAGACGAAUGAGCGUGAUUCGGCUCCUUGGACAUCUGAGAGAGAGACACUUUGUGGUCCUCGUAGGUGGAGAGAGGGCGACUAUGUGGUGUCGUGCGUUCCUGAUGGGAGCGUCAUCGUGACAUCGGAAAUGAAGGAGAAAAUAAAGUUGUCCCCUGGUGCUUUGUUUGCCGAGGUUCAGGAGGAGCAUCGACCUUUAUUGUCCGACAUCUUUUUUCAGUGGCCCAGUACCUUUGUUCGGCUUGGCAAUGUGAGUGCAAUAUGUAGAAAGUUUGCUCUAGAUUCCUUGGUAUCUUUUGUGGAGGUGUUGGAGAAUGUGAGUUUACCCAAGGCUACGCCCCAAGAUUUCGAAUCUGUGUAUGAUUGUCUUGAGACAUUGGUACGUUAUCGAUUAGAGGUUGAUUGGCUCCGUAAGAGGAUAGAUCAGAUGGCUUCACUUCUUGAGCUCUCGGUUGUGCGGCACCAGUUGGAGAAGGUAAGCAAGGAGUUGGAGGAGAUUGAAGUGGUGGCGAUGCGGUUGAAAGACAAGAAGAAAGGGCUUGAAGGACGGGUAGCCGAACUUGAGAGUGUCGGCUCGGGAAGGUUUGACGUGUCUAGUCACGCGGGUCAAGGUUUGAGGCGGUGAAGGAGUAUUUUGCUCUCAGGGGGUUCACCACCCCCCACCCCCCCCCCGCCUCCCCCCUUUUUUAUUUUUAUUUUUUAUGCUCAACUCUUUUGUAUUAUUUUGAAUCGUCAUAUGAGCACUAGUAGGGGUAGUAUUGGGAAACUUAGCGAAAGAUCGGAGGAAGAGCGUUUUGGUAGUUUGCCUUCUUUUCGUACUUCCAUCCUUUUUUGGAAACAGACUUUUGGUAAUGAAUGCACGGAGUUUUCUUGUCUUGCAA